AUGGGUUCCAAAAUAGAAUAUGUGGACUCGUCCCAGAUGUACGCUACAAACUAUGUGCGUAACGCCAAAGCGGUUGGCGUUUUGUGGGGUAUAUUUACAGUUUGCUACGCAAUAAUUGUAGCAGUGGCAUUCAUCACUCCAGAAUGGAUAGGUGACACUACAACGUCUGAAAAUCCUGCUCGUUUCGGUCUAUGGAGCAGCUGUUACUUCGGCAAUGGUGUGUCGACUGCUGUCGAGGACUGCCAGGGAAAACUGGAAGAUCUGUCCAACAUACCAAGUGUAGCCAUAAGAGUGGCGGCAAUUUUUGGCAGUGUGUCUGUGUGCAUUGCUAUAAUUAUUGUGGUGAUGUUGUUGUUCUUCUUCUUAUUUCAAUCGACAACAGUGUACCAUAUUUGUGGAUGGCUACACGUUUUAUCCGCUGGGUGUCUGAUCGCAUCCAUUGUUGUAUUUCCAAUGGGCUGGGAUUCUCCACAUAUUCAAAAAACAUGUGGUCCAGAGGCUAAAAGCUACAGUCUUGGCGACUGUAAUUUUCGCUGGGCAUAUUUAUUAGCAAUCAUUGCAAGUGUGGAUGCACUUAUUCUAUCCGCUUUGGCUUUUAUUUUAGCCACUAGGCAUAUAAAACUUCAACCAGAACCCUUAUAUGCAUCAACAUUGCGCAAAGGUGAACUCAAUGGUGGAUAUUUAGGUGACAGUAGUGCAUCAAUGGCUGGUUCUAGAAAGUCAUUGAAUUUGCAACCAGUUAUGUUGAUGCCACAGCCAAUGAUGGACCAAGAUCGGUUUUCUGAAUUUUCCAAUAGGACGGGUCGUUCUCAUAAAGGUGCCAUGUACAGACCAGAAUAUGCUUCAUCUAGUAUUCAUAAUUUUCAACUUUGA